AUGGUGCCUCCAAACGUUCUAGAGUCCAGACCGAUAGGGGAACGUACAUGUAUAAGAGAUGUUGCAAGUUGUUUAAACUUGGCACCAUCGACUGUUUGGAGGUUAAUCAAAAGAGGUGAAAUUAAGGCACAUUCAAAUCCUCUUCACCCGGCUUUAACCAAUGCUAAUAAAGUGAGAAGGAUGGAGUGGAUUUUGAGUCUCAUCCAAGAAUAUAACAUUCAAAGACAUCAAAUAUACAAGGGAAUGUGUGAUUUCAUACACAUCGAUAAGAGAUGGUUUUAUCUAACCAAAAAAACUCAAAGAGUUUACCUUGCACACAAACAGAAGAUCCCGUAUAGGGCAGCAAAGUCAUCUAAGUUCAUACUGAAGGCCAUGUUCCUAAUGGCGGUUGCUAAGCCAAGAUGGAGUCGAUAUGGUCAAUGCACAUUUGAUGGGAAGAUAAAAAAUUUUCCCUUUAUUAACAGGGUUGCAGCCGUGAGGGACUCGAAGAAUAGGCCAAGGGGGUCAACUGAAGUUAAACCAACAAAAUUUGUCAAUCAAGAAGUUUAUAGAAACAUGCUCAUCCAAAAUCUCAUUCCGACAAUACUAAGAAAGUAG